AUGAAAAUUGCAAUUUUAGGAGCUACAGGACCUACAGGCCAAGCCUUGCUGAAACGUGCUUUAGAUGCAGGACAUAAUGUCGUAGCGUUAGUAAGGAAUCCAGAUGGUAUAUCAACUAAGCAUGACAAUCUUCAGGUGGAGAAAACAGACAUAUCAAAGGAAGAUACGAUGGUACCAGCGCUGGAGAAUUGCGAUGUUGUCAUGUCUUGUCUGGGGGCAAGGGGAACCUUUAUGAAAGAGGUGCAGCUAUACAGUAGUUCAACCCGUGUUAUAGUGUCAGCAAUGAGAAAAACAAAUGUUAAACGAUUUCUGUGUUUAACAUCCUGGGGAUUGAAACAUGGUGAACCACGUUUUGUGUCCUGGUUGUUAAGGUCACUAUUUCUGAAAACGAUAUAUGCAGAUAUGGCGAGAAUGGAGGAUUAUUUGGAGUCGGAGUGUCAAGACAUAAAUUACACUGUUGUCAGACCCCCUUCGUUAUCAAACGGCAACUCAACAGAAAAACAAAUACAGGCACGAGAGGGCCAAUAUGUGUCUAAUGGAGGCUGGUCUAUACCACGGACUGAUGUUGCUAGAUUCAUGUUAAGUUGUCUGGACACGGAUAAAUGGGAAAGAAAAAAGGUUGCAAUCUCUGUGUGA